AUGCUUGUACAAUCUCUGUCCCGCGCCGCCAUCGUGGCUACUCUUUGUCUUGCAGGCCUCACGUCUGCUGUGAGGGAAUCCGGCGACCCCAGUCCUGAAAUCUCCAAAUCGACCUCAACCACGACCGCAAGAGCGCAUGAACGUAAGAAAGGUCACCGCGAGGAAAAGGUCAUGGUAUCUUGCGCCGGCCACAUCACACAAUGUGGUGUUGAAGACAAAGCCAAGAUUGUCUAUGUACCGGUAUCCACUUCAACCGUCACGAACACGAUUGUCAAGACUGAUACCGUGAGACCAGACCCUCCCAACGUCAGUCAGGGUUAUUGA